CCGCAAAUAGUGGGUGUGGGUUUAAUUGCUAGGGGCUAAUUGGAUUAGUCUGGGUAAGGACGCAAGUCAAACUGUGCGACAGGAAAAUGGCUUAGUAAAGCGCAAAUAAGCAUUGUGAAUCUCGGAUUUACGUAACUAGGUGUGUAUUUCCGUUGUGAUAAAUAGAGAUAACAUGUUGUAACUGAGGGCAUUCGGAAUAGACAUUGAGAUCGACUGAACGAAGAUUGUACGGAAAUUGUAGAGGCGUAAGCGGAUCGUAAAUAAACUUGAUAAACCAGAAAGAUACAGUCCUAUUGAUUGCUGAGCCAGCGGAACGCAGAGAUUUUCCUUAACGCAGUGGAGAAUUCUGCAACAAUUGGCUCUCUGUAUUGUUUUUCCUCAAGAACAGCUCUAGGAAUGUGUGACAUAUACAAAUGAAUAAGAGGAGUAUUUUAGGUGACGUAACAAGGAGGUCUUUUUAUGCAGUAAUCUGCAAUUUGAUCUGCUGUCCUCUUCAUUGGUUAAGUUGCUGAUUAAAGUUUACUUAAGGUCACGUGGAAAUCGAGCUGAAAAAUGAGACUGUGGAAUGAAUUGUUGGUGACUGAGACAGAGAGCUCCGAUAUAUUGGUGAGAUCAGUUCCAGUUUCUUCGUUUAGAAGAACGUUUUGGAGGAAAGUUGGACGUUUAAAGAAGACAAAAAUAUUCACUUUCAAGAAGAAUCAUCUGAAACCUUCAAUUCAGACCAGCUCAUUUGUUUAUCACGGAUCAGCUUCACAUGCAGGAUUAUUUCUCACUGAACUGUUUAGUGAAACGAAAACGGCAAGAAUGGCAACUGGUAGGGCAACUCAUACAGCUCUUGACAAGCCAUUGAGCGACGAACAUAGAAAGAUUUUGAAAAGCGUAGAACGGGACCUUGUGAGAGAUAUGAAUGCAGAUGAAAUUCUACUUAGAAUGGCAGCUGAGAACGUCUUUAGCCCAACCGAAGAAGAGAGAAUAAAAGUGAAGACAAUACGAUCGGAAAAAAAUGGGCAGUUUCUGGAGAUUUUACCAACGAAGGGCGCGAAAGCCUAUCAAAUCUUCAAGGAAGCGCUCCUAUUUGUUCAUCCACCCUUAAGAAACAUAAUUUUGGAACGUGAAAACAUGGAACUGGGAAGUGAUGCAAACUCAGGGCAAGCCGACAGGACAACACAGGCACCUGACUCAACUGAAAACGAAAAAUGGAGAAAGGAAGUCGUUACUUUCCAGCGAUGUAUGUCUAUUCAGGACGACGCGGGAACCUGCUGGAAGAAACUUGGAGUAGAUCUUCAAAUACCAGAAGGCGAGCUUCACAAUAUAAAAACAGAUAAUGGAUGCGCUAGAGAUAGAGGAUUGGCCGUACUUCAAUCAUGGAGGGAUAGGGAAGGAAAUGACGCAACUGUAGGAUGCCUUUACGACGCCUUUGUAAGAAUUGGAAAAAAGAGGAUUGCAGAAAAUUUUUUUGCCAAACGGUAGGACAAUCCCUGGCUGUGUGAAAGGAGAAAAUCAAGUGAAGAGCUCAAAGAAGUCGAGGAAA